ACAAGCCCUUUCACACAUCACAGGGUCACCAUUUCUGACUGAAAAUGUCCAUCAUUGGAGCACAAAUUUAGAAAAAUUGAGGAGUAACAUUUUUUUUCCUUCUUUCAUCCGAAACAAAGAGACUCUGCCUCUGUGCUGCAGAAAAUAUCUGACAGUCAUCCUUGUGGAUUUUUUAAAACAUUUUUUUGCCAUAACUUUUCUGCUGAGCUUAUUGAAAAUCAGCUGCAGCCAUUUCUCCUCCACCUGCCAUGUACAGCUCUAGCUACCCCCGGGCCAAACUGGGCCCGUUUGAGGCAAGGGAGCCCCUGCGCAAAACCAAAGGAAAGAGCUGCAGCUACUACAUGAGGAUCGUUUUCUUCUUUUCAUCUCUCAUCCAGUCACUCAUUAUUGUCAGCCUGGUGCUCUUCCUCAUUUACGGACAACCAGAGAAGUCUGCAGAAGAGAAGAGGGUCCAGGAGCUGGAGCUGGGAUUCAACAAGCUGAGUGACAAUAAUGUGAAUCUGAGAAAAGAGAAAGGCGAGCUGGGAAGUCAGCUGAGAGCUUGCACAGCUGAGAAAGCCGCUUUGGUGAAGGAAAUUGAGAGGCUGAACAGGACAGAACAGUUCCUCAGAGGGAGACUUCUUUCCUGUGAGAGAUCCGCCCUUACAAAGACCCCGCAGCAACGAUGUCCAAUUGUGCCCAACCAUACUCCUUCAGUCAAUUCUAACAAUGAAUUGAAGUCUCUGCAGAGCAUUAUCAAUCAGCAGAACGCUAAGAUAGACCUCAUAAACUCAAACUUCACUCAGGCUGUUCAGUAUCUGAGUCAGGAGAGAGACAACGCCCUCAGGGACAGGGACCUACAACUCCAGGAGGCCAUCAGGCUGCGAAAAGACAACACCCUCCUGAAGGAGCAGCUCAACGAGUACACCAGGAAGUGCAAAGAGGACUUUGCAAGUUCUCUGGACGGGAUCCAGACAGUGACCAGGGAUUUCCUGGAUCGGAUCAACGGUCUGUUUCCCCACCAUCAGACCUUCCACCUCACCUGUGAAAGCCAGCGGUUGGAAAUGGAAAAGAUUAAAAGCAGCUGCACAAACCUGUCCAGAGAUGUCGAGAACAAGUUCCAGAUGUAUCUGGACAAUGUCGGCAAGAAGGUGGCUGAGAUUCAAGCCCUGUCCAGUCAGAAAGAGGUGCUGAGCAGACAUUUGUCCACUGAGUUGCAGCAGUGUGAGGAUAAGAAGAAAGAUGCAAUCACCAUGGCAACCAGGGAGUUAGAACUCAAGCAAAAGGCUCAUGAUGACCAGGUGGAGAAAUUACUGAUUGAGCAAAAUCAACUGAGAGAGCAGAAGAAACUCCAAGAGGAGAAGGUGGCCCUGAAAGACAGAGAGAUUCUGGAUCUGCAGACGAGGCUGUCGAACAGCAAGGGGGUUCCUUCUAGAACUGGUGUCCCUAACGGAGCUGCACAGACGGGUGGGCAACCUCCUGCAAACUUCUCCUUCAGUGGUAACCAGGGAUAUGGCAUCAACAAAACUCCCACAGUGGGUUAAAAUAAACCAGUCGUCCGCCCACUUUCCGCAUCUGCCUGUUACCAAACAAACGUCAGCCUGCAACACGUUCAAAACACAUUUCCCAGUAUGAAACUCCUCAGUACUACCUGUAAAUAGUUUGCUUCCAUACUAACGUAAAUUAAUUUUUUGGAUCAUCUCUGCUUGUAAAAUCCUUUCUGUUGUGUUUGUGGUUUAGCUGUGAAGUGUCUUUAAAGUAUCUUUAAACUCAGGCUAAGAUGACGAUGUAAAUAUUUUCAGGUGUCACUCAUCCUCUAUUGUGUAUUGGAUGUAAGGUUUACUCUCAAUAAAAACAAAAAACCAGCA